ACAGGAGGUAUUUCCACUUAUGAUUCCAUUUUUAAAAGACCAGAAGGUUACAACAAAAAUCUUCACCGAUGUGACAGAGAACAUGCAAACAGUCGUGGUCUUAACAUUAAUGAGGAGGAAAUGGCAAGACCUGUCGCUGUUUUGUCAUCUUCAGAGUAUGGGAGACGCAUAAAUAAGCCCAUAGAGCAGCCAAGCAGAGAUCAUGUAAGGAUUAAUCGUGUGCAGGCAGAAUUCUACGAGAAAAGUGGCAUCGCCUGCUUAUUGAAAAAUCCUUCUCCAAGCCUGAACCCACGCUAA